GUCUAUUGACUCGCUCCCAUUUUCAAAACCCCAUUGCUUUCCACCUCACCGGACUUGCUCACGUCACUGUUUUCCGUCUGAAGUCCGGCCGCCGUCUAAGCAAAAACAGAUAUAAAGCAAGGUAGUGUGGUAACAAUGGCCCAAGCAACUAACGAACCGGCUGUAGGCGGCUUUGUCAGCAGUAACGUGGGGACUGCGCUCCAUGCAAGAACCAACAAACCUGCUGUAGGCGGCUUUGUCAGCAGUAAUGUGGGGACUAAGUUCCAUUUAGCCGCCCUUUUUGUGCGUCUUAGUUUCAAGACAUUUAAAGACCGUCCAGAUGGUGUGACCAUGAAGGUUGAAGAUAUGAACAAACAAUUGAAGUUUCAAGUACGGGCAACAGGUGUGCCUAAGGAGAUGGAGCUGGUGGAUGCAGUAGAUGGGGGCACUAUUGUUCUUCUUCCAACGGAAGGGUCAAUUCCUAGUCAAUGGGCAGCCUUCCGCUCUAGCGGCCAAGUCAAUGGGGCUGGAGAAAAGUUACUUACCCUAACCAAAACCCGGGUCAUCAACAAGCAUACUGAUAUUGAUGUCAUGACAAUGAAGGGCUUGGAACAGCACAACUCAUUCGUGAAGCCACUUGUGCAUGCUGGUGUUGCUUACAAGAUGAUAGGGAGCUGGUCUGGCAGAUCUAUCGUUGUUCGUGAGGUCGACACGAUGACAGUCAUAGCGGAAAUGUCUCAAGGAGCGGACAAAGACAGCUUUAUUGUCAACGUUCAUCCAAGCGCUAAUACUGUUUUUGUAGUUUCUCUCUUUGCUAUUACUAAUGCAAUGAAAGGCAUCGGUACAUUCGACGGGGCUUCAUUUUCUUUUGGUUUGGCUAUAGCUGGACAUAUUGUUGCUGGAAUUGCUUAUGAUGCAAUAGGAGGUUGCGUUGGCGAUGCAUGUGCUGAAGGGGGAUGUGCAUGCUGCUGCUGCUGAACUCUAUUUGUACAUUCAACUCUGUCCUCUACUGCAUAAUCUGUUGUUUGUUUGUCGUUAUUAAUCACACGUGUUAACUAAGUGUUGUACUAUCUGUGUUGUGCUUUUUAAGUUAUGAAGAUUGGAAACUUGGUAAUA